UCGUUGAAACGUCCACCAACAGCAAAACUUUAAACGGAAAAAUAAGGUCCACCGCCUCCGCCUUUUUGGGUCGUAAAUCCCGACGAACCCCUUUGCUUUUACUGUUCACUUUUCGUACUCUGCAAUUUUCGGUUCCCGAAUCGACUUCUUUGGAGUUGUUUGCAGAUUCGUUUUGAGCUACUCCGAUAUUCUUCUAGUCCCGCUGGAGCAAUUCGAUGGAUCCAUCUUCUUCAAGCCAACCAGAGUUUGAUUAUUUGUUCAAGCUUCUCAUGAUUGGGGAUUCUGGAGUAGGGAAGAGCAGCCUCCUUCUGAGAUUCACAUCAGAUUCCUUUGAAGAUCUCUCCCCUACUAUCGGUGUGGAUUUCAAGGUAAAGAUGGUAACAAUAGGUGGCAAAAAGUUGAAAUUAGCUAUAUGGGACACAGCUGGGCAAGAGAGAUUUAGAACUUUAACGAGCUCAUACUACAGAGGAGCUCAAGGGAUUAUAAUGGUUUAUGAUGUGACACGAAGGGACACAUUCACUAAUCUCUCAGAUGUAUGGGCAAAGGAAAUCGAUCUCUAUUCAACUAAUCAAGAUUGCAUCAAGAUGCUUGUUGGUAACAAAGUUGAUAAGGAAAGUGAGAGAACUGUCUCGAAGAAAGAGGGCAUUGACUUUGCUAGAGAAUAUGGAUGCCUUUUCCUGGAAUGCAGUGCAAAAACCCGUGUUAAUGUCGAGCAGUGUUUUGAGGAGCUUGUCUUGAAGAUUUUGGAGACUCCAAGCCUUCUUGCUGAGGGUUCCGUGGGCUUGAAGAAGAACAUAUUUAAGCAAAAGCCACCUCCAGCUGAUGCUUCUACCAGUGGCUGCUGCUGAAUUUAAAAACAACAGAUAUACUAAAUGAGGUUCCAGACGACUUUCUCUUCUCUGAAUUUAUAAGGUGCAACUCUCCAGUGAAUGCUCCGUUGUUCAGGCCUGUAAUGGUGAUAUUAAGGGUAUAUUUCUUCACUUUAUAUAUAUUUUUCGAAUGCUUUGUUAAUGCCUCUGAAUUGUUUCCGCUAUUUUUCCAUGGUUUUCAACUUGUAUCUCCUAAAGUCUUAUCUGGAAUAAAUACCAAGGAUUUUGUGCACUUCAAUGUUGGAUUUUGUU